AUGGAAUGGUCUAAUAAUGAGAGGCGUGCACGAAAGGAAGCAAAAGAAAUGCAGAAGCGAGAACUGCGAAAAAAUAUUGCCCGCCACACAAUGGGGGUUUUUGAGAGAUCCACCUACGGCGCUCCUAAAGAUGCCGCAUCCCGUUUGCAGGCGCCUGUGUUUGGGCCGGGGACCAAGAAUGGGCCCGAGACAGCGUAUGCCCACGCAUGGGCUUCAUGCACGAUCCCGGUGUUUGUGCGGGCCGCUGCAACUCCUGCUUUUAGACAUGCAAACAACGCCAUUUCGCACCGCUCUUGUCGCGCGUGUGUUGCCGUAAACGGCAAUUUGCUGAUUCAGGAACGCAGAUUGUCCCUGCGGCCUGUCCAAGCGAAUGCCCGUUUUAGGCGCCGCGCGCCAACCUACGAAUGCCGCUGCACUAUACCCAACAUGUUCAUGCAUGAUCUCCUCUCUGCCAUCGCCCUCGUUGCCAAACCUUUUAGUACUGUGUGGGCUUUGCAGUCGCCGCCCACGCUCCUAACCCAUGUCUCGAAAGGGUUUGGAAUGUUUGCAUCACAUUGGACACGGCUCUGUCAUAUUUUUCGACAUGCAAACGGACCAUCUACUGUUUGCUAG